ACCUGAAGCGCGGCCAGGUGCUAUUCUCCACGUCCUAUGUCACCUUUGAGACAAGGUCAGAAUAUCCACAAAGAAAGUUGUCUGAAGCCCGUACGUCAGAUCCGUUUCGAGGGCAAGUCAAGCGGCACAUGAACUACUAGCGGUUGACUGGCUUCGGUUCACACUGUAAAAAGCCCGCAGAGAAUACGAAGGUGGAUGUCGAGAGAGUUUUAGUCUUGGGUCUUGGCCUGAGAGGUCUUAGGUCUUGAUCUGAGAGGAACGUACGCCAGAAGUUGUGCAUUCUACGUUGGACUGCCUUGAGUUCUGGAAUCGUUUUUCAAUUAAUUCUAAGCUGCUUGAGACUGCAGGAGAUCCAAGAGACAUCAAGAAAAAGGAACAAGACACCUCCAACAUAAGAAAAGAGAAUAUCGUAAAACUCUUAAGCACACAUUACAAAAAAUGGCACGACGUUCCUUUUAGCGUGAUCCAUUAGUUAGAAAGCUGAUCAUCCUCAAGAAAGAAAGACUUCGCUAUGUACGCACGCGCAAAACAUGUUUUGCAGUCAGAACACAUUAUGACCUGGUCACUUUUCUAAAUCUAAAUUCAAUAUUCAAGCAUUCUCUAAAGCCUAAGGAUCGAGCAUUUUCAAAAGAAUCGAUCAAUUUCAUAAAGUACAAUUUGUUUUGGGGAAACAUUUUAUAUCGUGUUGAAUAAUUAGAGCGACCAGUAAGCCUUCAAAGAUGUGGUAAAAACUGUGAAAUGACGCAUAGGUGGAGCAGCAUGUAGCUAUGUGCAUUAAAGGGAACAAUUACUCAAACAUAUGGUAAACGUACAGACUUCCUUGUAAGGAUAAGUCAAGGUUAUAAAGGAAAAUGUCCAGCAGAGUGGACAACUCUCAGGAGAAGGAGAGCGGGCGAGAGGAGAAGUCGAACAAAAAGUCGAGUAAAGAUGAAAAGAAGAAGUUUAUGAAACAAGUCGAGGAAUUCAAGCUCUGGAAUGACCAGGAGACUUUUCAGGAUAAAGAGUACGAACGACGGAGGUUGGAGAAAGGGAAAUGGAAAGACCUUCUGAAGUCAGAUCAGCGCCUGCAGCGUUGCAAAAAAUGCUACUUACCCUCAGUCAUUGCCAUAGUUGCAGGGGUUUCCCUUAUCCUCUGUAGCAGCCUGAAUGGGAUAGCCGACAAUAGCAUCUUCAGCGAACAUCGGCGAAUUUUCCAGGCCGUAGGUGGGGCAGUGAGCUGCCUGGGCCUGAUUGGCCUCAUGAUGACGGCCGCAUACACGUACAGGAGGGAAGAUUUUGUCAGAAAGAGAUACGGUUUCCCUUCCUUGUUCGAGGCGUCUCGCAACGGCACUACCUCUUCUUCGUGGAUCAACGAAAGCUUUCUGAUACAGAACGAAUUCGUGGACGUGCGCUCAAAUGGGAGUGCCUCUAUCGCCGGGAAAUCUGUGUCGCGCAUGACGUCCAUCGAGUCAGCAGAAUCUUCGGUGGAUUUUCUCGGUGAGAGCUUCUCUUCCACAGGCACGGCGGUUGCAUGGGUGAAUAAACAUUCGGUGAGGUUCCAGAGAACAUCAUCUCUUCACCGGCGACAGAACAGUGACACAGCUCUCAACAACUCCUUGGCUAUCUCAAGAAUCUACUCCUGGGAACAGGAAGCCAAGCGCGAUACAGCCAACUCGGAGCGCGCAGAAAUUCACACCACUGGACCUGGGUAUGACCCGUGUUCAUCUCAGGACCGCUCAAUUACCUCUUCGUCAUCUGGCUACCAGAGCAAUGUUUCGUCACCCGAUGCCUUGACCACUCAGCCUAUAUUCCUGGAAGAAAAUUCUACCACUCUGGUAAAGGAUAAGGAUGUGGAGGGAAAGGAUUUUGGAACUAACAUCAAGUCCUGCAUCGUCUCCUCUGACACCAGUAAAGACGUAAAUCUUCCUCUGAUUGCCGAGAAAGGGAAUAACACUGGGCGAAGCGUGAAAUUCAAGGCGUAAAAGACAUUAGUCAUCAAGCAGUCACCUAAAAUUUCCACAUCAAAAUAGUGGAUAGUGGCAGUUACAACUCUUCCAGACACUCAUCACUGCGACUUCGUUGGUUGUAGGUAUCAAAUAAUCUUUCAUCGUUAAGUCAUGACAAUGUCUUUUUUAGACGAUAAUUUGUUUUGGCAUCGUAACAGUAUAGACUGUUUGAAACUGAGCGAGAACGUUCGGGCUCGGCCAGCUGAUGCUCACUAAAAGGACAGGCUUGAGCGUAUCUUGUCAAUAGCAAAAGAGUUGCCGAUCCCUGCCGGUAGAAGAAUGCAGUGUUGCUGUUGGUAUUAUCUCUCGUGUUAUGAUGUUAACAUUCUAAUUCAAUUGGUGCUAUAAUUUGCAAUUCAGUUUCACACGUUAACUUCUGUCUUGUUUUUUGAGUGCAUUAUUCCUAUGGUUUUGAAGCGAUUACAACUUCAUCUGAAUUAACAAUCAUCUACUUAAAUUCUGCGAUUUGGCAAAGUAUGAUUAUUAAUUCAUAUAGUUCAAGUAUGGAGCUCUUUAAUUUUUUUAAAAUUAUGUCCCUACAGUUCCCUAAAUUUUGCCCCGGAUACCGUUGACUUCUACGAGUCGUCAUUGGUAAAAACAAUUCGUCGGCAUUCUUUUCAACUGAUCUAAGCCUAGCAAGACAUUUUUAAAGGAGAGAACAAAAAUUGUUUAAUUCCUUUAACCUACAUUAUAUAUUUGUUGUUGGUUUUUUUUGUGCAACAAUUAGAAUUUAGAUUUUAACAAAUAAAUAUUUAUCGAGAAGAUGCAACCGAAUUCACAAAUUAAACACUGCUAAAAAUAAAAUAAAAAUUGGGCUUAGUAUAUAUCUGAACAGCAGCUAGCCAACAAAUUCCGUCUUUCUGUGCGAUGCUAUACGCCUGCCUGCAUUAUCACAGGCUCCUCUUUUCAAAACAAGGUGUGUGUUGCUAGGGCUGAUUCAUGCUGCAUCGAGGAAUAAAAGACACGCUUCUCUGACUGUCUGCUCAGACAAUAAAACCCCUUUAGCUUCUUCACAUCUGUUGGGUUCGUCGUAAAGUUAUUCUAAAUAUUGUUUUCAUUUAUACAUUUCUUCUACAAAGGCAAAUACAUCAACAUGUUCUCUUUGUACAAUGACUAUGUUUAUGAAAUUUCAGCUCACAUUGAGAAAAAGGAAAGAAA